UCGUACUAGCACGCAGCAGAAAAAUGUCAAACGUCAUCGAUGAACGACUUGUUUGCAAAAUUCGAUUCUGAAUUAAGUACGCGUUGUUGCGUAGUUAGGUGCUUCCUAUUCAACGUGAGACAUUUGUCUGAACACCAACCUCUGUCGUGAGCCUGUGGCGAUUCUAUCUGAACAGGGGGCACAAGAAAUGGCUGCAAAAGCCGUUCACUUAAGCAAGUGUGACACAGCAGGUAGCUUAACUGCUGCCCUGAAAUCGCACUUCUAGUUUUACGAAAGUCGCAGCAAUAGUCGCCAGAAAAAACGAGGGCUUAGAAUACGGCAUUAAGUGGACACCCCGGCUUUGAGAGAAAAUGGCUGAAGAUGGAUCAAUCAUUGGUUGUGGUGGAGGGAGCAGCUCCACCGGUAGUUGCAGUGGCAGUAGCAUAGUUGGUGGCUGCACCAGUACUGGUGAGGCCAAUCGGCUCCAACUGAUUCAAGAAAUGAGGCUCCAAAACUUUGACAGUAUUCGAUUUUCUUCUUAUCGCACUGCCUGUAAACUGCGGUUUAUUCAGAAAAAAGUUCAUCUUCACAACGUUGAUAUAUGGAACGUCAUUGAAGCAUUUCGGGAGAACAGUCUUAAUACUUUCGAUCCAUCAAGUACGUUAGGUGUUUCAAGACUUGAAACCCUCUUGUCAUCGUUAUUUCAUGCACUCAAUAAAAGAGUACCAGUCUCACAACAUGCUAAAGUUGACGCUACAACUGCACUACUGAUGAAUUGGCUUUUAGCUGCUUACACAAAUGGGGAUAACAACAAUAAAAUCUCAGUCUUCUCGGUCAAAAUGGCUUUAGCUACUCUCUGCGCUGGAAAACUCAUGGAUAAAUUUCGUUAUAUUUUUUCUCAAAUCUCAGACGGAAAUGGCCAUAUGAUACACUGGAGAUUUUCAGACUAUCUACAAGAAGUAUUGGCACUGCCUGCAGCUGUGUACGAGUCUCCAUCUUUUUGCUACUCUGAUGGCUUGGCAAGCUCAAUAUUUCCAUCUAAUGCAAAAAUCACUGUAAACGACUUUUUGGAUACGUUAAUGUCAGAACCCGGACCUCACUGCCUAAUAUGGUUGCCAUUGUACCAUAGAAUGGCUGCCGUUGAAUCAGUGACACAUCCUGUAAUGUGUGAUGCAUGCCAUCGUGAAAACUUCAAUGGAUUUCGAUAUCGUUGUCAGAAAUGUCAUUCUUAUCAACUUUGCCAGGAUUGUUUUUGGAGAGGAAAAACGUCUGGCACCCAUAAUAAUGACCAUGAAACGAGGGAAUACAGUAGUUUUAAAUCUCCAAGUAAGCAAAUCGGCCAUUCGUUAAGAAAAAGCUUUAGAUGCAUUCCAGAAAAAGGAAGACACAGUCUUCCCAGGUUUCCAGAGCAACCUGAAAAAACAUUGGACUUAUCUCACAUUGUACCUCCAUCCCCAAUACCGUCUCAUAAUGGAUUUCCUGAUCAAGGAUACAUGGUGCCAUUCGAUUCUGGUUCUUUGGAUAGCCGUUCCACGUUAAGAAGUAUGGAUAGUUCACGACUUGAUGACGAACACAAAUUAAUUGCCAUUUACGCCCAAAGAUUAUCGCAGGAAACAAGAACCAUGCCUCGAGCUUCAUCCAGAUUGUCGCAAGCUGGCGAGCAGGCGAGCAGAGCACCAUCAGACGCUAAUUUAGCAUCUUUGGAAGCAUCAAGAGCACAACGGGAGCUUAUAUCACAGCUUGAGGCAAAAAACAAAGAAAUAAUGAGAGAAAUUGCAAGGUUAAGGAGACAACAAGAAAUAGAUGCUGCUGGAUUAGAGAAUCCAGCACUUAUGUCAGAACUAAGAGCUCUCCGACAACGGAAAGACGAACUCGAAAAUCACCUUGCAACUUUGCAAGACUCCAGGCGACAACUGAUGGUGCAACUUGAAGGUCUCAUGAAAAUGUUGAAGAUCCACCAAGCAUCACCACGCUCAACACCAAACAACUCUCCACGUAGCACAAAAUCACCACCACUUCCACCUGGUAGUGUGCAUAACAGUCGCUCAGCACCUCCAACUCCAGGAGGUCCACUCAACUCUAUUUCCAAUCAUCAGCAGCAACAAACGCAAGUCCAGCAGCAGAUGUCACGAAGCUACCAGAGUCCAGCUCCACCUGUGGCGACGGGUGCCCAAGGAGUAACUAAUUCUGGACUUCAUGGAACGAUGCAAAACUCACCUAUACCUGAUAAUUUGUCCUGCGUUGGCGGUGAUGUCAGAUCUGCAUUCAGAACAAACAGCUUACCUAGCAGUGGUUCAAGUAGUGCCAAUAACAGCUUAGGACGAUCAUUAAGGAACGAUCUUUUGAUAGCAGCUGACAAUGUCACUAAUGCCAUGUCAUCUCUUGUCCGGGAAUUGAACUCAGAUUCAGAUGAAGAGGUUCAAUCUCUUGAUUCUGGCCGCCACAAUAUUAGGAAACCGUUAGAUUUUGAAGUCAGUGAAGAUGGGGAGGAUAGUGGCAGUAGCAAAGAAAAUUCUGGUGUAAGUAGUACUGGAAUAUGGCACGAGGAGCUGCAGCAUAGAUUCCAACAAGAGAAUGACUUCUUUAUUGAGCUGCGUGCUCGUAAUGCUGCUCUUAACAAUCAGACACACAAUAAUCAGCAUAACAACCAACUGAGCCAACAACAAGUUCAAAAUCACCAUCAGAAUGCAAUAAUACAACAUCAAAAUCAAAUUCACAAUCAAAACUUGACCCACAGUCGAAAUCAGUUGCACAACUCUAACCAAACCUCACUUCACCAUGGCCAGGAAUAUAAUCAAGAUUACCAGGUGCAACAGCAACAACCAGGAGAACGAGAAGAGGCAGAAGGAGAAAAGCGAGAUGACAGUGAAACCGAGUGGUCUGAGGCCCUCAAAAGAUGGGUCAAUCGAUAA